UUCCCCUCUUUUCACCAUCACUCCCCCUCCCCCCCUUUCACUUCACCUUUCUCCACCGUUUUCCGCUUUCUCUUGGCUACUCUCUUCCGUACUCUUCCGCGAUUUGGUCUGCUCUGUUCAGUGUCCCCGAGUUCGUUCGUCCUCGUAUCGCUCUCAAAGCCCAUUAACGUACAACUACGUCCUUUUUAUUCUUUUUUUGCUCGUUUUCAUUAACACCAAUCGAUAUUAAUUCGAGUUUUCGUUAUCAUUCCUCUGUGACGAAUUCUACACGUGUGUGACUACAGUAGGGUCUUCCUCUCUCUCUCCAACCGCGGGAAAGUAUUUCUUUUUUCCUUAUUUUUUUUUUUUUUGAUGAGCUCAAUCGCUUCACAGUCACGACAGCGUUUCUAUCGCAUUGAAGAGAAACACGUCGAAUCAAGAUGACGUUGACGUAUUUGGAGAAAACGUUAUUGACUAUAUUGGCAGUGAUUGGUCUACGAAUUUUAUUUCAACUGAGUGUUCUCGUGUGGAGGAAAUUAAUCGCACCCAAUCUCGGUUUGGCUAUCGAUCUGACAAAGCAAGGUAAAUGGGCAGUGGUCACUGGUUCCACCAGUGGCAUUGGCAAAGAGUUCGCGAAACAGUUGGCGAAACAGGGCUUGAACAUUGUGCUGGUUUCGCAAUCUCAAACGAAGCUCGAGGAGACCGCAGAUGAGAUCAAACAGAAAUAUAAUGUUGAGGUUCGUAUCGUGCAGGCGAACUUGACCGAGGGACAAGCGGUUUAUUCGAGAAUUGCCAAAGCCGCCGAAGAACUUGAGAUCGCUGUGGUGAUCAACAAUGCCGGGGCCAGUUACGAACAUCCAGAUUUAUUUAACAGCAUCCCGGAGGAGAGUUUGACGAAAAUUCUGCAGCUGAAUGUUAUGGCGGUGACGGGGGUUGCAAGAGCUCUUCUCCCUCAAAUGUUCCAGCGUAAAAAGGGUGUUUUGAUAAAUAUCAGUUCGAUAUUAGCAGUCAUACCAGCGCCUUAUUUAACUGGGUACGCUGCCAGCAAAGCCUAUGUCAUCAAACUUAGCCAUGACUUGGCCGCAGAAGCAGAACCGCACGGUGUUACCGUCCAAUGCAUUAUUCCUGGCUUAGUCGCGACGAAGAUGUCAAAGAUCAAGAAACCAACUUGGAUGGCACCAUCGCCGGAAACAUUCGUAAAAUCUACGUUGAAAACGAUCGGCAUCGAAACGUGUACAACUGGCUAUUUGCCUCAUUUCUUAUUAACUGCCAUUGUACAUAGCUUGCAAUACGUCUGCGAGAGAGGUGCGCUCUGGUUAAUUUCAAAAACCUUGUGUAAUAUAAGAAAUCGUGCUCUGAAGAAAAGCAGAAGAGAAGAAAACGGUACGUCAAAAUAAGAGGUAUCGAUCCGAUCUUCAUCUUUCUCUCACUUUCCACUUUCCUUCUCUCUCCGCUCCUUUCCCAAUUCAUGUCCUUUUCCUCCUUGUACAACUACAGAUCUCUCUUUUCGUUUUCUAAUUUUUGCCUUUCUUUUAGUCGCCACGUAAGAAACAUUAACUGGUUAAUCGUAAAUCUUUUCUCAUUUAAUGAUACGGGGCACAACUGAUGAAAAAAUAUGCACAAUAAUGAAAAUAUCGGAUAUUUCUUCUUGAACGUACAUACAGUAUGAAAUUGAACAUCAUAAAAUUCAAUUAUUCCACUAAAUUUUUUUCUUUUUAUGUAUAUAUAUAAUUUUUUAUAUAUAUAUAUAUAUAUAUGUCUGCUAUUUAUAACUCGUUAUAUAAGUGAAUAAAAAAUGUGACAGUUUUCCUUUUCCUUUUUACUUUUUUCUUUUUUUUUUUUGUCGAACUAUGUUCUUUUAUAUAUGUACAUGUCAAACAAUAUGUAUUUGCCUUAUAAAUUUAUAAUUUAAUUUCGAUAACAAUAAUAAUGAAGGAGAGAACAUCUGUCCUUUUAAUCAUAAGAGAUCUCUUCCAAAGUUGAGUACCUAUUUGUUGUAAUAGUCUUUUACAACAUAAUGAUAAUUUAUUAUGAUUACAGUUGUUGUUAGAAGAAAUUAAUUUAUUAUAAUUAGUAAUAAAUUGAUAAUCUAUUGAACUAAUUGAAAAAACAGACUGUGAUUUGUACUUAUAAAUACAUAUAGUACAUUAAGCGUUCUAAUAUAUUAUAUUAUAACUAUAAUGUUAAGAAUUCAAACUUCUCGAUUUAUUCGUUGGGCAACUCAGAAAUAAUAGUUCGUCUAUUAAAUCAUUCGAACAUUUUAUAUAUUUCUUAUGUCAUUGAAAAUAAAGGAAAUUAUAUUAGAA